AAGUUCAAUGCAUUUUGUUAACUCAUUCAAUCGAGUGCACGUUGAAAAAUUUGAAAGUGGUACCGUUGAACCGUUCCGGCAGAAUUUCCAGAAUGCCAUCUUAUAAGAUCAACGUUAAGUGGGGGAAGGAGAAGUUCAAUGAUAUAAUAUGCAACACGGACGAGACUCCGGAGGUCCUGAAAGCCCAGAUGUUUGCCCUGUCUGGAGUGUACCCUCAGAGACAGAAGAUCAUGCUCAAAGGGCAAGUUCUCAAGGACGAUAACUGGGGUAACUUCAAACUUAAAGAUGGUAUGACUCUGCUGAUGAUGGGGUCAGCUGAAGCCUUGCCAGAAGCCCCUCCGGAAAAGACUGUAUUCGUGGAAGAUAUGACAGAAGAAGAACUGGCUACAGCUAUGGAGCUGCCUUGUGGCCUGACCAACCUUGGUAAUACAUGCUACCUGAAUGCUACGUUACAGUGCCUCAGAAGUGUGCCAGACCUCAGGGAACAGCUCAGAUCGUACCAAGGUGCAAUGAACAUGGCAAUCGCUGCCAGCGCCCCGGCUGAAUCCAUGACGGUGGCCAUCAAAGAUCUCUACUCCGUCAUGGACAAGAAGGCGGAAGCUUUCCCUCCCAUCAUUCUCCUUCAGCUCCUACACCUUGCAUUCCCACACUUUGCGGAGAAGAGUGAACAUGGCGGCUUCCAACAGCAGGAUGCUAAUGAGUGCUGGAUACAGCUUGUACGACUCUUGCAGCAGAAGUUACCUGGUGUGAAACUGGAGGACAGUGCACCCGCUGGAGCUGUGGCCAAGAAUUCAUUUGUAGAUCAGUACUUUGGUUGCGAGUUUGAAAGCAUGUUAAAAUGUGUAGAAUCAGAAGAAGAAACUCCGGUCAAAUCAAAAGAGACGUUCUAUCAGCUUAGCUGCUUCAUCUCACAGGAAGUCAAAUACCUUCACACAGGACUCAAAAACAGAUUACAAGAGACCUUAGUGAAAAGUUCUCCGACACUCAACAGAGAUGCACAAUAUAUCAAAGAGUCUAAAAUCAAUAGAUUGCCAGCCUACCUUACAAUUCAGUUUGUCAGAUUCUACUAUAAAGAAAAAGAAGCCAUCAGCGCGAAGAUCUUAAAGGAUAUCAAAUAUCCAAUGACCUUAGAUGUCUUUGAGCUUUGCACACCUGAGCUUCAAGAAAAGCUAGUUCCUGCCAGGAAUAAAUUCAAGGAAAUUGAGGAUAGGAACGUCGAGCUUGCACAGAAGGCAAAGGAUGCAGCCAAGUCAGGGAAGAAGGGUGCGGUAGUCGUAGCAGAACCCAAGAAGGAUGUCAAAUAUCUUCCAUAUGACUUCCCAGAUGAUAUUGGCAGUAAUAACAGUGGUUACUAUGAGCUCCAGGCUGUGCUGACCCAUCAGGGGAGGUCAAGUUCAUCAGGUCACUAUGUAGCAUGGGUCAAGAGAAGAGGAGAUGAAUGGAUCAAAUUUGACGAUGACAAGGUGACCCCAGUCCACAGUGAGGACAUACUGAAGCUGUCGGGAGGCGGAGACUGGCACUGCGCCUACGUCGUCGUCUACGGCCCAAAACGACUGGAGGAGGUGCCGCCGCAAAAACCGGGAGAGAAAUCAGAAGAGAAAUCAGAAGAAAAAACAGAAGAUGUCCCAAUGAACUAAAGAUGAACAUACUAUAUUGUGUAUUUCUACGUCCUUCCCUGUCCCACGUUCAGCAAAGCCCGUUCUUUGUCUCUGAUGCAGUUCAACAUGUCUGUGAAAACCACCCCAAUGGAAAGCUUUUGUGUGAGCAGGGUCCUGUUUCAUUAAACUUGUUAUAGCAAAUAUGCAAUUACAGUUAUAAGCAACUGAAAUCAUCAACUUGAUUAGCAGACAGCAAACUUGUUAUAGAUAACAUGCAUUUGAUAUUAUAUCAUGUGUUUGUGAAAUGGGACCCUGUUGGUCUUUAUGAACAAGUUCCUGGAAUAUAUGUUUCAGUCGGGAAUAUGAUUCCAGAAAAAUAAAAUUCAUUGGUCUUUCUGUACAGUUGGUCACUAACCCAUGUUUCACUGUUCAUGUAUGCGCAAAAUCACAACCCUUGUAUGGCUAUGUUUAUUCAAUUUUUGAGCCCACAUUUCUGUUUCAUCAAUUCAAAAGUAAAUUCUAUCAUCUAUUUUAAUUGAUAAAACCCCUGCAAGAUGUAAUAUUGACCAAUGAUUAUGCCUAGUACAUAUUAAAUUAUGUGUCCAUUUUUUCUCCAACUAUCCAUCAUAUUUUUUUUACACAUGGUUUGAAUCCGCUUGGAGCUGUUUCCACAAUCCUAAAAUUGAUUUGAAAAUCUAUAUUACUUGAUGAAACAGCCCCACAAAUACAAUACCUGGUGGGUGUUUUAUAAAGCUGUUCGUAAGUUAAGAGUGACUUUAAGAACGACUGGUGAUCCUUUCUUGUUGUGAAGGGUAUAUUCAUUUGUGAUGGAUAAAUGCAUAAGAAAGGUUCACCAGUCGUUCUGAAAGUCGCUCUUAACUUACGAACAGCUUUAUGAAACGGCCCCCUGGAAUCUGGUACAAUGAUUUAUGUUCGAUUUAUGAGUUAUGCUUAACAUGCUGCCUAUGAAGUGCCAUCAAUAUUCCUUAAAAUCAAUUUGCCAUUUUACAAAGCUUAAACUCCUCAUUCUGUGAAACUUUCUUCCAUGAACUAAUACACAAAUUCUCUAUUGCUGGAUUAAAAAAUGGAGUUGAAACUUUGAACAAACUACAAGUCAAAGACCUUUUACAACCUCUGUCAACUGUAAAAUAGGGCUUAUUAGGAGCAGAUUUCAUUACUAAAAAAUUGAGCUACAAAUAUUUUAACAGCCUAUUAAUGUAAUUGAUCGAUGAUCAUUUCUUUUCCCUGACUUGAUCUUUUGAGAAAGACGGCCGAGACUGGGAUGGGAUUGAUAUAUCUUCUUCAUAAUGUAGCAUGCCAGAAGUCAAUGAGAAUAUUCUAAAAAGGAUUCAUUUAAACCCCCGUCACACUAGAGGCGGAAUGCCGUCGGAAUGAAAAUUCUUGGUACAUUCCUGGAUAUUCGAAGCGCAUUCUAAAAAUUCUGACUGCAUUCUGAGUGCAUUCCAGACAUUCGGGUCCAUUCUUGUGACCGGCCCGAAUGUUUUGCUCAUGUUCAAAACUUUCGAAGUGCAUUCGAAGUGGAGAAAUAUCGAAUGACAUUCGAAGUGCAUUCUGACUGCUCUCUGACUGCAUUCUACAACUCUUUGUAAGACGGGCCCCUGGUUUGCUCGAUUAUGAGGGGAAAAGGGAAAGCAGACAAGACAUUGCAUGCAGUUUCAAGUGGAGAAUGGGGGAAAUAUAUUGGCCAAUAUAAUUUGCAAUAAUUAAAAAAGAAGCAUUGCUUGUCACAGGGGAUGAAAGCAUUGUUGGAAACACAAAGUGUCCAUAGAUGUGAAAUACAUCAACAAAUUUAUAUCAUUAAGGUCAUUUCAGUUUUGUGUAGUUGAACACAUGUUUUUUUUUUUCAUUUCACGUUAUAUUUUAUUUUUAUUUCAUUUCAUGAAACAAAUAGUAAUUUUAACGGACUAUUUGUUGUAAGCCAUAGAAAUGCUUGCAUCUGAUUGGCUUAGAGCAAAAUUGUUGGUGAAAGUCACUGACCAAAGUGCUUCAUGGAACACUCUAUUGGUUAAUAGCUUACUAAUGGUCAUAUUUUGGCAUUAUUUUCUUUCAAAGAAGUCCCUUCCUAUUUAUGUGUAAUUGAAUAUACUGUGUCAGAAGUGGGAAAGCAAUGUGAUUGCUACGUUGGCCUUUUUCACCCGAUGAUAAUGCCCAAUUAUUUAAUUCAAUUGUAAAUGAUAGUUAUUAUUCCAUUUAGCUUAAGCAUGAAUAUUAAAAAAUCACAUAUUAUUGAUAUAACUGUGACGAGUUUGGUAAAGAUCUGAAAAUAAAUUCUGUACUUCCAACAGGCAAUGUAA